AUAGCAUGAUUAAAACUGUUGCAGAGAGAGAGGGGGGGGUAUAAAUUCGGGUUUUCAUUCUUGUUGGGCUUGCACUGAGAAGAAUGGAUUCUGGUGUUUUUCUUCAUUAACGAUAGUAGAGUACAGAGAGAGAGAGAGAGAGAGAGAGAGAGAGAGAGAGGGGUUCUAAUAAGGAAGAUAGAUGGAAGAGCACGUCAAUCCAUUAGCUGUGACCCAUCUUCUUCAACACACCUUGAGGAGCUUGUGUAUUCCUGAGAGCUCUCAAUGGGUUUAUGCCGUCUUUUGGAGGAUUUUGCCUAGAAACUACCCACCACCCAACAGGUGGGAUGUUCAAGGAGGAGCUUAUGACAGGUCAAGAGGAAACAGGAGGAACUGGAUAUUGGUAUGGGAAGACGGCUUCUGCAAUUUCGCUGCAUCUGCCGCAGCCAACCACUCCGAAUUUGACUCAAGCAGCUGCACUGGUGGUCCAUUAGUUUAUAGCAAUUGCGAAUUUCAGCACCUCAAAGGCCUUCAGCCUGAAGUUUUCUUCAAGAUGUCCCAUGAAAUCUACAACUAUGGAGAAGGUUUGAUUGGGAAAGUAGCUGCAGAUCACAGUCAUAAAUGGGUAUUCAAAGAACCUCAAGAACAUGAAAUAAAUUUCUUGUCUGCGUGGCAUAAUCCAGCUGAUUCACAUCCAAGGACAUGGGAGGCUCAGUUCCAGUCGGGUAUUAAGACUAUUGCUUUAAUUGCAGUUAGAGAAGGUGUAGUUCAGCUAGGAGCUGUUAAUAAGGUGAUGGAAGACCUGAGCUAUGUGGUUCUACUGCGUAAGAAGUUCAGCUACCUAGAAAAUAUUCCAGGCGUCCUUCUACCUCACCCUUCAUCAUCUGGAUUCCCCUUCAAGAUCGACAGUGGCAACCCACCAGACAGCUGGUCUUACCAUUUGGGCCACCCUCCGCCCGCAGAAUACUAUGAUCAACUCAGCCAGCAGCCAAUGAAGAUUACACCAUCGAUGAGUAGCCUUGAAGCUCUCCUCUCAAAGCUCCCAGCGGUUGGGCCAGCCCCGUCUGGGUCAUCGUCCGGCUACUACGAGGCUCCGCUGUUUGCAUCUUCUCAGAGACCAUUGGGUCUGACGGGUAUGGACAAGGUAGCUAAGGAGGAGAUUGAUGAGGAAUGUGGGCAUGAGAGCGACAUGGAUUUGGCUGGUGAGAGUAGCAGUUCCAUGUCAUCUUAUCACUUCAAUACAAAACCCAACAAGGGAUUUUGAGAAGCUAAUUUGACUUAUGUCUCAUUUGGUGGUUACUAAUUGUAAAAGGUUUUUCUUUCUUGAUAUACCGCCAUCCAUCUAUAUAAGCGUAAGUUUUAGACUGGCUA